ACUCCCCCGUCCUCUUCACCCCCACUUCUCCGUGUCAGUUCCGGCCGCCGCCGUUGAGCGCCGCCACAGCGGAAAUCCGCGGUUUGUAGCGACAAAAUCGCGAUCGACGGAGGAGGAGGCGAUGGAUUCGGAAGGAGCGUCGAAACUCGAGGAGGUCGCCGCGUACCAGAGCAGCGAGGCGAAGCAGGCGAGGCUGCAGUCGAUGCUCGCCGCGCUGCUCGACGACCCCAUACUCGCGGACGUCCCGAGGAAGCCGUCGCUGGGGGACGUGGACACGCUCAUCAACCUCGAGCUCGGCAGCGCCAUGCGAGUCACCGUCGUCAAGCUGGACAACUCCCAGUUCGAUGUCGCUGUGCUGAACACUGCUACUGUCAAGGAUUUGAAGCUGGCUGUCAGGAAGAAGAUCACUGAGAUAGAGCAGGGCCAGAUGGGCCAUCGGCAUAUCUCAUGGAAGCAUAUUUGGGAGAACUACUGUCUGACACAUCAGAGUGAGAAGUUGAUAGAUGACAAUUCUGUACUUUCUUCUCAGGGCAUUCGUAAUAACUCAAAGGUUUGUUUCUCACCGCACGUCAUGUCCAGAGUUCAUCAGAAGCAUUCUAGGAGAAGAAAACACCGUUUCUUCCAUGGUCUUAGCAGGAAAAUGUAAUUUCACCUCAUGAUUUCUGAGCAAGAGAAGCCCGUCAGAUGCAUUCUAGGAGAAGAAAACGCCGAUUCUUCCAUGGUCUUAGCAGGAAAAUGCGAUUUCACCUCAUGAUUUCCGAGCAAGAGAAGCCCAUAAUGGCAGUGGAGAGUUCAUUUCCGACACGAAGAAUGCUCCAAGAUUUAGCUACGCCAACGAAAUGGGGAACUAGAAACCGGUAGUGUAUUUGUGGAACGAAGAAAAGAGGCAGAAGUUGCAGAAGAUUGUGUAUGCUUGGGAAGAGCAGCACCUAGCUAAUGUAUGUUCUUGUUUCAAACCUAGUCUAGUCAUGUAAUCUGCCAGUGGGAAGUCCAUUCCACGAUAAUGCACUUUUAACAAGUCAGCUAACUUUAUUUUUUAUUCAGAGAAUCAAAGUCUGGCUUGUUAUA